UGUGUUUAUACUUUUGUGUAAAACGUGUACUAGUGUAGGCAACCAGAACAAACCUAUGUUUUUCUUCCAAAGAAAUGAGAUAAUCGAAUCCCAUCAUAUUUGCAUUUUGCACCACUAGAUCUCAGAUUUUUCUCUGUAUGACAUAGAGCAACGUUAUAUUCAAAUAUUACACACUAAAACAUGAAUCCUGUAGAAGCUGAAACUGUUGCUGAUUUGGUUCAAAACAUGAUUGUUUCUUUAUGCGGUGAUCAAAAGCCAGACCUGAUUAGACGAUUUAUGCGCUUUUCCCUUGGAUUAUUGUCUUCUACUCAAGGUAUAGAAACAUUCAAGGAAGAUGACAUAACUAUAGUAACAUAUAUAAAAAGUAAAUUACUACCACGUGAUGCAGUACAAUUUGAUAAACUACAUAAUGAUUUAAAAGAUGGGCUCUUGAAGAAUCGUAUAAGUAUUCUAAUAUUUUUACUAAACAUGAGCCAAUCAGCUGAGCAGAUAAAGGAUAGACUUUUUUCAAUUCCUGACCAGAAAUUGGGAUUUUGUCCAAUUGCAUCUACUAGUGGACAGUUAUCACAAACAUCGUGUUCUCAAAUUGUAUCAUUGAAUACUACAGAAAUAAGUUCAAGAGGAUCAUUAAUGAACCCAAGUAAAAUAUUCAAUGAAGAAUGCAUUUCAGAAGAUAUAUUAGUCCAGGAUUUGAUAUAUUCUCUUCAAAGUGUUGAAGGAAAAGUUUUGAAGUUAGAUUCCAGCUAUGGCUUUCAGAUUGAUCCUAUGACAAAGAUUAACAGAUCGCAAAAGCAAGCCGUUUUAAGACUGAGUGAACUGGGAUACUUACAUAAUGUAGUACAAAAAGGUUUAGAGAGAAUGUCUGUAACUGGUGCAGGAAGAGUUGCCGAUAGUUUUGUUGCUGCAUUACAUAAUGAAUUGUCCGAAUAUUAUAGAUUCAUAGCUAUAAUGCAAGAAGAAGUAAAUAGGUCACAACAUCAAAUGAAUACAUAUGGAGUAACAAUUUCUCAUUUACAUUUAUGGACAUGUGAUCCGUUGGAAAAUUUGAAGUGGUUAGCAAGUAUAGUAAGGGCAUGCCAAGGCCAAAAAGGUGGUGCAUUAGCAUCUACUCUUUAUGAAUUCAGCUACCAUGGAGAUGCCAUGGUGAAGAAAUUAGUGAAAAGAAUUUUAGAAAGCAUUUGCAAUCCCUUAUACGAUAUGUUAAUGAGAUGGAUUGCUGAUGGAGAGUUAAAUGAUCCAUUUAAAGAGUUUUUUAUCCAAUCAUGUGCUGAUGUUAGUGGAGACAGAAUGUCUCCACUAACAAAAUAUCAAGUAAGAAAUUCGAUGGUGCCAUCCUUUAUAAGUAAAGCUCAAGCAAAAAAAAUUUUAGGAACGGGAAAAAGUAUUAACUUCUUACGCGAAGUUUGUAAAGAUUUUUCCCCAUGGCAAGAUAGGCAUGCAGAUAUGUUCAGAAUUAAUGAUGAAGAAUACAAUGUUGAGGUUUUCUUCGAUAUGGAUCCAGAUGGUCGUUUGCAAGCUAUGAUGGAUGCUGCUUAUAAAGAAACAUCAACAAGAGUUGUUGAGAUAUUGACAAAACAAUAUCACCUCAUGGAUCAUCUACAAGGGAUUAAAGGAUAUCUUUUACUUGGUCAAGGCCAUUUUAUUCAACAUCUUAUGCACUUGUUAGAGCCUGAAUUGGACAAACCAGCAAGUUCUUUAUAUCCUCAUAACAUAUCGUCUAUACUUGAAACUGCAAUAAGAGCAACCAGUACAAAGUUAGAUGACUUAGAUGUUCAAAAACGAUUAGAUGUUAGAUUAUUAGCACCUUCGGAAAAUGAAACAGGAUGGGAUGUAUUUAUUUUAGAUUAUAACGUUGACGGACCUAUAGGAACGAUUUUGGAGCCAUGUAGACAGACGUAUCAAACUGUAUUUUUUGCAUUAUGGAGAGCAAAAAGAAUGGAAUCGAUUUUGUCUGCUAUUUGGAAGCAGCAAAUAACAUCAGCCAAAAUGUUUAGGAAAAUGCCAGAAGUAUUACCUAUCCAAAACCAUAUUCAUUUAAUUACUAGCAGUAUGGUUCAUUUGGUUCAUCAAAUGCAAUAUUACUUUUUAUUUGAGGUAAUUGAAUGUUCCUGGGAUACAUUUACAAAGCAACUUCUUCAAGCAACGUCUCUUGAUGAUAUAAUUGCAGCUCACAAUUAUUUUGUAGAUUCUGUGAGACAUGGUACAUUAUUGGAUGAAAAAUCGCAACAACUUAUGGAUCAUUUACGUUCCGUAUAUAGCCCGAUACUAGAUCUUCAAAAUCUUGAGGAAACUUUCCUUGUUCGUGCUACUCAGGAAUACGAAGCAAGAUUCAAUGCUGAUAAAUUUGCACAAGAGCAAAUAAAAAAAUGGGGUCGUACAAGUAAAACAGAUGACGAAGCUAUUGAAAGAGACGCAGCAUUUUCGAAGUAUUUGAACAAACUUUCUAUACAACUGAGACUACUUUCUAGAACUUAUCAGGAUCGUGUUAAAAAGUUUUUAAUAAUGCUCGCUUCCGCUGAAGAUGUGUCUCUGCAAUUACUUAGCGUACGAUUAGAUUUUAAUGAAUAUUAUAAGAGUAAGGAUAACCGACUAGUUGCACCAUUAACAUAUCAACAUCGUAGACAAAGCGAUCAGACUUUCUUUGGAUGCAAGUGACAGUUGGCUGAAGAACAUUUAUUAAAAAACUUCAAAGAUUCAAAUCAUGUUUCAAAUAAAUGUUAUUCCCCAACUAAGAAUUCAUCUGACUUUAAUAGUAAGGAUACAAACAUAUCUGAUUUUUCUGAUAAUUCUUCAUCUUUUUUUUUACAUUGGCAUCAUGAUACAACUAGUUUUUUUUAUAGACACUCGUCGAAAAUGAUGGCAGAUGUAAAUGAAUCUGUCGCUUUGCACAAAAGAAGGUGUAGAACCAAUUUGAAAAACACUGAGUUGAGUAAACAUACAUUCAGGAUAUUUUUAGAAAAGCAAAUAUUGUCGCAUGUGGAAAUAGAAAGUAGAAAUAAUGUUCAUGAACUUCAAACUCCUUUAACACCUAAUUUUGAUUAUAACGAAAGCAAUUUUGCUUUAAAUUAUGAACAUUUAAAGCUUCUUUCAUUUCAAACAAUUAAAUCGGAAAAAUUAUCAGCUAAAAAUAAUUGGAAUUCAAACUUAGAAGCUGAAAAGUACUCUAGUAAUAGAGCUAUUAAAACAAAUAAUGCAAUUUUCAGUCGUGAUACUAACUCGAAAAUUAAUGUCCACGAGAGUACUUUCCAAAAUAAAUCAAAAAAAUCCACUCAUGUUGCAACUGUGUCUAAUCAAAAUAUCUCAAACUCAAAAAUCAACAAGAUAGUUAAUAAAAAAUCCAAUUAUAUGUUGACAUAUAAUAAUAGUCCUGAAUGGUUCCAAGAUAACGAGACUGUAUCAGUCCAUGGCUCUCUAGUAAGUAAUACCAUUUCGGAUAUCAGCAGUACUUACGGUACAGAUUUUAAAAGUAUUAAUCAUACCAGACGUCGUUGGAAACGUGUAUUCUUUUGUUGUGUUAACUGAACUUGAUAUUCUCAUGCUAUAGAUAAAAAUAUAUUUAAAAAAACUCUUGAUUUUUUACUAUAUUUUCUUCGUAUGUAUUUUAUUACACAUGUCACACAUGCAUU